AUGAAAUUCUCAAUUGCCGUACUGUCAUCAAUCCUUGCUGUCUUCUCGGUCACAGUUGCCAAUCCAGUUGAUCACAGUUCGACCAUGAGUGCUAAAGUCAGCACUGCGACAGUUCCUCCCAGUGCAACUGAAACUCAAGAUUUUGACUUUCUAAAUAGAGCCUCGGGUCAAGGAUCAGUAGACCUCGACCUUGAAGCUAAUAUUAGAACCCAGCGUGAGUUUCUUGAUGAACUCCAAGAGAUUCUCCAAAAAAUUCUUGAUGGGUAUCGGAUUAGGCUUAAAAAAGAUUCUGAGCAAGAAUUGGAGCUUAAACAUUACUUUGAGCAUCACCAUAAGUUUGAGGUGACAGAUUCUGACGAUAAUAUAAACCUGGAAUCGUAUCACUCGUACAAGAGUUGUUUUGACUUUUUCUACAGUUACUUUUCAAGUGUAUUUUACGAUUGA